GUCUCAGACAGAAGAGCUGCCAAGUCUCUCGUCUCGCCUCUACCUCAGUGUUUACUCCUUAUUUUUGCUACUUAUUUCUGAGCAUAAACACCGCUGAUGCGCUGCUGUCUUCCCAGCAGCGUCUUCUUGUGUAUGUGUGUGCGCGUGACUGUGACAGACAAAUUUGUGGUUUACAUCACAAUGUUGUGUUGACAGGAUCUGUCAGCUGUGCUUGUAGUGGUUUGCAAUAAAGACAACUGAUCACGGCUCACGACAAGAGAAAACAGAGGUGCUUCUGGCCUCGAGCGAAAGGGAAUCAUUUGAUGGUCUGUGUGAUGGAGAUGAGUGUUUGUGUUUUCAUUCCUCUCUGACACUGAAAAGGCUCAAUUGAGUGAGCGCUCAGCUUGGGAGCACAGCAAUCGCACAGAGGCAGAGAGUGGGAGGGGCACUCGCACACGCGCACACACUCUCACACUCAUACACAUACAUGCGUACACACACUCGAGCUUGUCAGUAGCUGGAUGUUGCUUGAAUGUACAUGACUAGCAGCGUGUCAGCUCCGUUACCAGGACUGAUUGGAGAUCUUUUUUUGUUUGCUUGCUGGAUCUGCAUCUAUGAUAGUGUCAGAGCUGGUGUUUGUCUUUCAGGAAUGGUGUCAGUGGGUCUUUAGCACAGAUUCUCCAUAGUGUGGUGUUUGUGUGUCAGCAGGAGUUAUUCGACCACGGGAACUCAGCAGUGCAUUAUUCACUUGGGCAAGCUGGAGGGGGAGCAGGAUGUGAUGUUAAAGGAUGAUGCGGUGAUAGACCCUAUUUAGGGUCUUCAGGACUGCCCCGAUAUGGGGAACAGCAUCCAGAAGAAGAAGAAGAAGGUCCAGACAGAAAAAAACUUGUCUCCACCUACUAAGCUGAGCUCAAGUCCCAUUCAGGAAAAAACUAACAACUUCUGGCAGUUUGGACGACAAGACAAAGUGAAAACAGCUGGUCCGAAGGGGAAUGAAGAGCAGAAGAGGUUGACGGUCCACUAUACAGCCUCACAGCACUAUCAGGAGAAUGUUUUCAUCGAGGGCAGCAGGCCACAGUACCUGGAGGACCUGCACACUGAAGCUCAGGAGGGCCUCAAGAUACUUCAGCAGGAAGAACACAAGAAUGGAGUGAACUUUGCUGACGAUGAAAGCAUUGCUUCCACGGACACUCUCCGUCCGGAACAGGAUAUCAGCUCCAAGGAUGGAGAUGACUCUCCUGAGUCAAGAUCCACCUUUGGGAAUACCGAUCCCACAGUAACUUCUGCUGUGCUGACAAGGCCUGCACUUACCCGUCAAGGUUCUACAUUCAAGCCUCUGAAUCCAGUAAAAAGAUUGGAAAAGAGCAGGAAACGGAGCAGGAGAACUACCAUCAUGGGCAUUCCCAACCAGGUGCAGAAAGAACUUGCUUUGCACAGAAUCUCCACGUUUCAGCCACUUGUUCCUACUCUCCACCUGAAUCCUGAUAGGCAAGACAGUAACAGCCAAUCAGGGGUCGUUAUCAUUCCCACAGUUGAUGGAGGGACUCCAAUAGCAAAUAAGGAGGGAGCAAGAGUGCACCUUUCAGAGCUGGAGCAGGCUUUCAGAGAUGAACAUCUUGUGAGGGAGCAUCUCCAGGGAGUGUACCAAGACGAGCAGUCCUUCAGCCGCUUUGGUUCCCAUCUCUGUCCUACUGCUAACCUAAGACCCAAGUCCCUUGCAGUACCUGGCAUUACAACUUCCUCCUCAUUUUCUCCUUCAAUGUUUAAUUUCCUCCAGGAGCCCCAGGGCCCAGUGAUGUCCAUCUCUCCUCAGGCAACUUAUUUGUCCACAAUCAUCCCUAAUGCUGUCUUGCCCGCCUCAAUUGAAGUUAUUGAGAUUGAGCGCAGCAAUACUCGGAGCCGUGGCAGUACCAACCAUGGCAGCAGCAUUCUCACUGUAAGCAAAAGCAGCCUGACAUCUGGAGAAUCAUCGAUCAGCCCUUUGUUGUCCAGAAGAUCAGAUGGUGACAGUUCCCAGACUAGUAAUUCCCAGAACAACUGCUUACUGAUGCCCAUAUCUGCUUCGGGGGCAAACUGGAGUGAGUUGCAGUCUUCAAAGAUUAUUAUUUCAGACUCCUCCCCAGUCUCCUCCAAAGAUAGCACACGCAGCGGUAACUCACAGAGAGUGGGUUUUAACAUACAGGAAAACCAGGCAGAGCAGUCUGGUGGGGACUCGGACCUUGUCAGCCUCCAAAACUCAGUUAUCAGCAGUCUCAGCAGUAAGAGUGAAAAUCAUGUUACAGGACAAGGGUCUGUGUCCAGUGCAUCAGAGUCUGUGGAUGCUGGGGAACAUGCAAAGAACCAACGCAACAAGCGCAGCCUUUCAGUCAUGAAGACUAAACAACCCCCAGCACCUCCACGGAGAACAAACUCCCUUCAUGGUAAUAAAAUUAGGGGUAAUUCCAGGGUCAUAGUAGAUAACAAAGACCUUCACAAAUUGCAAUCAGGAGAAGUGACACUUGCCACUGAAAAUAUUGUAACAGAGAAUGGAAGAAGUACUUCUAAGAUCCUAACACCUGCAUCAAACUCAGUGCCCAUCUCUUCAGAUUCCUUCUCCAGUUCUCUGAGCCCUGCUUCUAAUGAAGCUGGAGGAGCAACACAGUCACCACCAGAAGCAUGCACCUCAUCCCCACGGAAAAUUUCCUCAGAAGGGGAGAAAUUUGAACGGACCCUAUCCCCUUCAAGUGGCUACUCUAGUCAGAGUGGAACUCCAACACUUUCCCCAAAAGGGAUGUCCCCAACCUCUCCAGAAAAACUGAAGAAGAAACCAGUCAAACCAGAGAGGUCUGUGUCUCGGGCCUCAUCUUCAGCAGCUUCUCCUUCAUCCUCACUUACCUCUUUAUCAUCUGGUAUAUCUGAGAUUGUCAAUCCAGACAUUUCCUCAUGUAGCCCAAAUCUGCCUCUACAGGGACCUUUACCCACUGUUGCUACAAAAGAACUAACACCAAAUAGCAAUCCCUCAUUUAGACAGGAAGUCAAAGAGCUGCUGAACAUACCACCACCCCCUAAAGUCAAAGCACCAUGUCCUCCUCCUCCAGAGACAUGGGCCCAUAACGGAUACACUUUUGAGCUCCUGUGUGGACCUCGCACUGUCAGCAAAGUUGUUCAUAAACCAGCACAGAUACGGGAAAACACUGGUAACCUGGCAGAAAUCCAGACUGAAAGAAAAGAUACACAAGUUUUAGAGGAACACCAGAAAACUGCAGAAAAUUCUGUCUUGACAUUAUCAGAAAAUGAAACAAUGACUGAGGCAUUGACAACAAUUCAUCCAGAAGCUGUUCACGUGCCACAUGAGGUGAGAAAAUGUCCAGCUACACAAGAAAUUAGGCCUUCAAUCCAGGACAAAGGAAAUGAAAGUGUAGAGGUUCAUUUACAAGAACAAAGUAGUAGCUAUGUAUUGAGGGACCCUGAGAGUGAAGUAACAACUCCAAAGAAAGAUCCACCUCCUGUGAUGAAGAAACCUAUAUCAGUGCUGCACAGAGAGGAAACUGUGUUGACAGAGCAGUCACAAAGGGCACAACAAAAGGAAAUGAGUACCAGUGCUGCAAGAGAUGAUCAUUUACCUGUUGAGAACCAUGCACUUUCCCAGAAUGGUGUAACAGUUUUAGUGGAUAAUAGCGAGAAUGGGAUGGAUAAAAGCAAAGUUCCGUCAGUGCAAACACUUACAAUGGACGCCCCCAAAAUGAAUAAGGUCUCACCCCCACCGACCCCUCCCCCAGCAUACCAACCAACACCUCCUCUGUCAAGGAAAUCCCCUCCCUCAUCAGUAUCUAUGCCACCAAAAGAAUUACACAGGGUACAGGAGGAAAUACAAGUUGUGGAGUCUUCCUGGCCACCUCCUCCACCUCCUUUGGAAGGGGACUCUGUUUUUGAUGGAGGGGAUGAGGUAGACUUUCCUCCACCUCCUCCACCCAUCAUAACACACAGUGUGCCAGAUGUGGACCUCCCUCCUGGGAAUACUGUGGAAAAUCCCGAUUUUCCCUCAGCUAUUUCCCAACCAGUUACAACUGACAACAAACCAGUAGCUGUUGUAUCAAAAGAUAACACUGGAGAUGAGAUUUGCCAUCUAGUACAGAAUAUUCCAUCUGUUUCAGACAAUGUCUCAACUCCAGAAUUGCCUCUCUUACUGCCUAUUACAAGUGCAGAGAGCACAGUGUCAACCAUUACUGGAGUUCCUGACAGCAUUUUCCUGAAGAGAAGCUCUCUGAAAACUGAUGAUCAGUCUCUUUCUGUACUUCCUGUCAGUGCUCAAGCUUCAGUUCAGACUACUCUUCCAGCAGAAAAUGUAGGCCAUGGGGUUAGUUUCAGAAGGCAACCCAGUGUAGCCGGUCGAGAUGCCAGGAGCAAGGAGAUCCUCUCACGCCAGAAAAGUGCACCCAUUCCGAAAGAAGACGCUAACAUACCCCUUGUCACCCCUUCCCUGCUUCAGAUGGUUCGCCUCAGAUCAGUCAACAUGACUGAAGAUCAGGUGAAAACUCCUCCUGAAGACAAGUCCACAAAUGACAUUACUCCAGUUCAGGAGAAUGGUCCUGUGUCAACCCAAGGACCUCAAAACAUUCCUCAAAAGCCUAUCCGCAAGUCUUUAUCACUGAAAUCUUCCCCUCAGACAGUAAAAACAUCCUCUGUGACACUGAACCCUCCGUCAUUGCGCUUACAGGAAGCCAUUCGUAUGAAAACUGCAGCCAUGUCUUUAAGGGAUGGUGUUCCUUCCAGACUGGGUGUAAUACCACCCAUGUACAGCUAUGUCAAUGAACCAGGAGCUCUGUCUCUGAAAUCUCCUGAAGGAUGUGACAUGUACAAGUCCCCAGCCUCUACCGCCAGCUUUAUCUUCUCCAGGAGCACAAAAAAAGUUAUUAUAGAGACUGCAGCCACCUCCUCCCCAGAGGCUCAGUCAAGUCUGAAACAAAACUUGGCAGCCGAGCUCAUGAAAGUUUCUGACCAAUCAAAGGUGGCUGCCUCCUCAAAUGGUGGGUUGAAGUGUGAUAAAGUUCCUCCACCAGUAGCAAAGAAGCCAACCCCAGGCAGCGUCAGUCCUUCCCAGAACUUUCCCAGUUGUCCAGAAAAGAUGGAGAACAAUGGAAAUGGGAUGUUAGAGACACAAUAUAUGAGUGGGAUAACGCCUCCUGAAAGUACAACUAUAAAAGUGACAGCGGACACAAUUGAAACACUGUUUUGAAAGAGCUCUGCUGCAAAUUAACUGAGAAGCAGACUCGUGCCUGGGGAACAAGACCACAAGCAAGUAAAAGGACAACUCACAGCGCGGACUGACAUUACUGAGACAUUAAGCUCAACUAUCUGAGUGUUGUUGUGUUUUACGUCUUCUCCAAAAGCCUUAGCCUGUAAUGGCCUUCCUACAUAUUUAUGCAAAAAAUAUGUCGCUCCCAGUUUCUUAUGAUAGCUUUAUUGUGGAGUAUUUUUCUAAGGUAUAGUUUAUCUCCGGUUUAAGGCUCCUCAGGGUGAAAUGGUGUACAUUGGCUGAACUGAAACUAUUUGGCUUGUGUGAGAUCGCCUCCCAGAGGAUGAAUUAGGAAGUUGUAACUGCAGCUCAGAGAAAAGGGUGUGUCCUGACGAAGCAUUUCUGUACAUUUUUAUUGUUGUUGUUUUUUUUUUGUUUGUUUUUGUUUUCUCUGAUGUUACAUAUUCCAUAAUUCAUGGUGAUUCAUACAACUUUCACAAAAGCAUCCAAUAGGAACAGGACAUCAAGUUUCUUUCUUAGACAUCUGAGUGAAGAAAUUCUGAAGCUUAGUUUCAGUAAUGCUUUUCACUGUGUGGAGCAGUAGUUGAGAAAAAGGGAUGCCGCACACUCACAAGAAAAUUAAAUGUAUCAUCAGUUAGGACAGAGGCACUUUGGUAGAUAUAAAAAAUCAUUAAAUUUGUUCUUUGCUUUCUACACAGUUCUCGGGUAGGCCAGCCCAACAUAUUCUGAGAAAUCCUUUGGGAAAACAGUUAUGCAAAUGCUUUAUUUAUGUGUGGUUGUUUCCACUGGUAGCACUGUCAGUCACCUUUUCCUACCAAAUAUGAAAUAUUUAAGAAUCUGAUUCAACUUAAAACCACUUAUAGGGCUACUGAUGUGGCGACCAGGCUUGGAUGAUUGAUACACUGGAGCAGACUUUAGUGUGGGGUCAGUGUUUUUAUUAGAUUGUCUAACUAAAACUUCAAUCCAAGCCUUUAUAGUGAAAAGUCCAGUUCAUCCCCAUUUGCACAAAACCCUUUCCCCCUGCAGAAUCACAGGUGGAUGAAUUAUACAGACUCUUUAUAAUGGGUCAAAAUUCUACAUUUUGGUGAUUAUAAAGAAUUAUGUACAGCUUUUACUUCUAUAAAUAAAAUUUAAGUGUAUUAAA